UUGAAAUUGGAGCCGAUGUGCAAGGCGUCCUACAUGCUGGAAGAUCAAGAUUCGGUGAAGAGCUAUUUGCACCUGAUAAGAGUCUGGUUGAAAGAUACGACAAGUCUGGUGGCUCUCAGUACACGUACUGGUCGGGUCAUAGGUGCAAUUGUUGCAAGGGUCAUUAAUUCAGAGGACAAAGCGGACACUUACGACAGAGUGCAAAUCCUUCGAGGGGAGGCACUAGAGAUGGUAAUGCAUUUAAUGAGCGCUUUGCUGAACCAGGCUCGCGUGCACGAUUAUUAUAAUUGCACGAAGAUAUACCGUGUAAAUGUUAUCUGCGUCCAUCCAUCCUACCAACAAAAAGGGCUGAUUACGUCCCUGUUAGAGGCGUGCGUACAAGUGGCGGUUUCCAUGCAAGUUCCGGUACUCGCAGGUUUCUUCACUUCCGGAGCGAGCCAAUCCAUCGGGCACAAUUUGGGCUUUGAAAUCUUGUCCGAGAUCCGCUACAGCAGGUGGAUCGUUGACGAUGAAAUUGUUUUCGACGACCCUGGCAUUGGGAAUUAUUCCGCCGCCUUUAUGGCGAUGCGAACCCCCACCGAUAAUGAAUUGCAAGAGUACAGGCGAAUUAAACAACACUUGCAGAAGCAGCAAAGGAAAGUAAAGAAACGACGGUGCUGGGUACACUCGGACGACGGCUGGAUACAAAAGGCAACAAAGGAGGCUUACAGUAAAGUGUACUGUACUUUCAAGAGGCAAUGGUUUUGCAGAUGGACUCGCGUCUGGACGAAAAGACUGAAUGGGAGCUUGUAG